CAGGCAAGGAGGCGGCGCCUUUCCACUCGUCCUCAGCUCCAGCUGCAAGGAAGUGAGUGAGCGCUGCCUGAAAUCGAUCCGCCGCCGCCGCUCCUUUCAGACUUCCAAGCACGAAUAAAAAAAUAGAAUCGCGAUGCUCCGCUUGGGCAGAGCAGCCGCCUUGCUGCGGACGCUUCCCGCCCAGCCCCCCGGGGAAGGGGGCAAGAUCCCCAAGAGAGCCGCGUCUGCCGGGAGGAAAAAGGAGAUCCUGCUCGAAGUGCACGGAGAGCCUGGAGGCGGUGAGUGGAGCCCAGCAGCCUCCUGAGGGUGUCCGGGCCCAGUUGGGGAGGCCCAGGGCGGCUCUGCAAUAAACGGGAGCUUCGCAGACGACGAGGCCGGGGCGGGGGGUCGUAGCUAUUCCUGUAAGUUGUUGCAAGGGACGAGGUAACCUCCCGUCCCGUCCAGCCCUUGGCAUGUUCGCUUGUUAACUCGGAAAUUGGUCCCGCUGAGUUCCACGGGGCUUAUACUCCGAGGUAAGUAGGCGCAGGAUUGCAGCGAGGCUAUGGAAAGUGGAUGGAUGGAUUUCAUAAAAUGUAUAUGCCGCUGAACCUCAGAAAGCGUUACCAAAAAAAAAGAUAAAGCAAGAAAAUCAUCACUAAAAAGUUUGCAACUGUAAUUAUAAAAGACAGAGGUUAAAUCCGCAGUAAAAUAGGCUGGAACAAAUUAAAACUCCUGCAAAGAUUCCUUAAACAUCUCUGAAGAGAGAGCAACUGUAGUCUUCUAUCAAAACCUGGGAAGCCCCGUCAAUUAUGCUGCCGUCCUCCAAUCACAAGCGUUGUUCGUGGGCAACACCCUCCCAGUAAACAAAGAUUAGCCGUGCAUGAAAGGCACCAUUGGGCGCGUCGCAGCUUGAAGGAGCCGCCUAACCCAUUUCAGGAAUAGAUGAGAGAUCCAUUUGGGAAGGCUGCGCCUGUUGAUCUCCAGUUGUUUUGGACUACAACUCCCUGGCACCUGGGUGGCAAAAGCUGCACUAAACACAGCAGGGAUGGGGAACCUGAGGCCUUUUCGGAUGUAGUUCAGUGGCAGAGCAUCUGUCUUGCGUGCAGAAAGGGCUGGGUUCAAUCCCCCUGCAUCUCCAGAAAGGGCUGGGAGAGACUCCUGCCUAAAACACUGAGAGCUGCAGGCAGCCAGAGUAGACAGUACUGAGUUAAGAUAGGCCUAAUGGUCUAUUUCAGCAUAUGCAGCUUGCUGUGCUCCUAUGCUAUGCUGUAACUCCCAUUAGCCCUAGCCAGAACGGCCCCAGGUCAAGGAUGGUAAAAGUUGUGGCUCUGAGAACAUCUGCAAGGCCACUGGGUCUGUCUCUGGGCUAAGCUUAGCCUUGGUCACUGGGUUUGUGUCCCUCUCAUUUGCAUUCCACACACCCUGGAGUAUUGUAAGCUGCCUUGAAAGCUCUGGCUGAAAAGUGGCUUAAACGUUUAAAAUCAACAAUAAGAAAUGGAACUACCUCUAAACAAUAAAUGAAAAAGAGUUCUUUAUUUUAUUUUGGAGUACAGGUAUUGCAGAAAUUCUGAUGAACAGACCACAUGCCAGAAAUUCACUGGGGAAAGUGUUCGUGGAUGAGGUGAGUGAAGAUUGUCUUCCAUCGUACAGAUGAUAUUUGUAUUUGUAUUGGGGUCCCAGGUAACUUAGUAGCUUCUUAGACCUUAGUAGAACCUAGAGUUUUUGAAGUGGAGACAAACAGCACAGUCCUAUACAUACCUAAUAAGAAGUAAGUCCCAUUGAAUUAAAUAGGGAUUACUCCCAGAUAGGUGUGAAUAACAGCGAUAGCAUGCACAAUAAUUGGGUAUGGGAGCUCUAGUCCAGUGAUCCCUGCAGUGGUGCUAACUUGAAUAAAAUAUUGGGUAAGCCCUGCCCCGCAUAACCACAAGACGCGGUGCACACACAGCAUUUGAAUGGCAAUGCCCAUCAACCGGGGGGGGGGGAGGGGGCAAAGGAACCUCGGCCCCUAGGAGUUGACUCUUAUGCCUGGAGGACCAGCUUUUCCAUCCUUCAUAUAGAUAGGUUUGCAACCUGUAUCUGCAGGAUAGAGCCUAAUAUUUACAUACUUUGCAUGGAAAUGCUUAUAAUAGCAACACAAUGGGUUGUAACCAAUGCUAGUCCUACUCAGAAUAGGCACACAGACAUGAUUGAAUAUGACUAACUUAGGUCCAUUAAUGUCAGUGAGUCUUGAGUCUGAGUAAAACUUAUUUGGAUACAAGCCAGUCUAUCAGCAUGCUGAAUAUUUGAUCCGCUUAACGAGCUUGUGUGUACUUACGAUUUCAUUUUUUCAGUUCAGUACUCAGCAAUGGUCGCAUAAUAAAUCAAAUGAACUGGUAGAAUUUUCUAUUAAUUGAAAUCUGAUGUUGCACCCACUCUCUCCCGCUCUCCCGCUCAGCUGUUUGAAACCCUUGAAGUUCUCCAUUUUGAUGAGAGUAUUCGCGUGGUGAUAAUUAAGAGCAAAGUGAAAGGCGUUUUUUGUGCAGGUGGGUAGAGGCAUUAUAUAUGAAUAAGGACAAUAAAUAGACUUUAAGCAAUUAUAGCCCACCAAUCAUAUGUUUUCCCCCACUGGAUUUAAUAUGUAUUUGUUGUGUCUUGUGUAUCCUUGUGAUUACAGAAAUUGCUGCCUCUAAACCUAAAAGCUGAAUUAUUCUUACUACUAGGUAUAAAGAUAGGGGUUUUUUGGGGGGGGUAGUUUUACUUCUUUUCUCAUCGUAUCUCAUCCUCAUUCAUGUUCCUGGCAUUCUAUUACCAGCAGCGGUGCAAACUUUAAAUUCCAGAACAUCUUGAUUUCUACACUGUGCUGAGAUCGUUUGAACCUUGUGAAAUAUAGGACAAACAUGAUAGCAAUUAAUAUAUGUAAUUGACACUGGGCAUUUGAGUUUUCUAUUAGGGUAUAUCAAUUAUGUAGGAGGAGAAUGGAACAUGUAUGCAUUAUUCUGUCAAAAUUGAUUAAUAGACUGCCAAAGCUAACAAGGCUUCCUGAAACCAAAUUGCAAGUUGUCACUAUCACAACCUAAUCCUACACAGAAUUAGGUAUGUUUGCCUUUACAAGGGAUUGAGCUGCAUUGUAUUUUACAGGGCAGUUACUAAUGCAUUGAAGCACUGCUGUUGAACCCAUUGUGUUUCCUUUCUCUAUCCCCCCAACUGCCUUCUGCUGUUGUAAAUUCAGGUGCUGACUUAAAAGAGCGUGCUAAGAUGAGCAAUACUGAAACUGACCAUUUUGUUCAGAGGCUCAGAAGCUUAAUGAAUGGCAUUGGUAAGUACCUCAUCGUGAACUCCUUAGCAUGUGAUUGUCUUUUUAACAGGGUUGGGGAACCUUUUUGACUCAGUAGGCCAGAUCAAAGGGACGCGGGUGGCGCUGUGGUCUAAACCACAGAGCCUAGGGCUUGCCAAUCAGAGGUUCGAAUCCGCACGACGGGGUGAGCUCUCGUUGCUUGGUCCCUGCUCCUGCCCACCUAGCAGUUCGAAAGCUUGUCAAAGUGCAAGUAGAUAAAUAGGUACCGCUCCGGCAGGAAUGUAAACGGCGUUUCCGUGCGCUGCUCUGGUUCGCCAGAAGCGGCUUAGUCAUGCUGGCCUCAUGACCCGAAAGCUGUAUGUCGGCUCCCUCGGCCAGUAAAGUGAGACGAGUGCCGCAACCCCAGAGUCCUUUGCGACUGGACCUAACGGUCAGGGGUACCUUUACUUUUACCUUCAGGGCCUGACUUUGACAGGUAGGAGGGACAACUCACUUGUCAGUCAUCUGACAUCAUGUUAGGUCACAGGUAAGUGGUCCCGCCUACCUGCCAACAGUUUACGCAUGGGGCUUGCUUAUACAGCAUAUCCCCCACAGGAAAUAUGCUGGUGAAGCAGCACGCUGCAGGACUGAACUCUCUUCAAGCCUAAACACAUCUAGAACAAUGUUGCAUUCAUUUAAAUGAAGCAUUGCUUCCAAGUAUUUGAGAUCAGGGUGUUAGAUUUGAAUUAAUAUGGAGUUACUUCUUUCUUCUGUCUGAAAUUCCUAAAUGUCGCCUAGAACUGCUUCAAAGACAAACAUUUAAUGAAACAACCCUGUUUGUGUAGGCUAAACUAACUUUUAAAAAAUAAAGGCCUAAUUCAUAUUAAGUCUCCCCAUUCAUCACUAUGCUAUCUUGGAUAGAUUUACCAACUAUUGUAAAUGGUGCUGCACUGAAUGUCUUGCUAUUUAAUUUUUACAGCUGCUCUGCCAAUGCCUACCAUUGCUGCCAUAGAAGGCCAUGCGUUGGGUGGGGGCUUGGAACUGGCACUAGCUUGUGAUCUCCGAGUGGCAGGUGAGUCCACCAGCACAACCGGGGUCUUCUACUCUCACUGCAAUGACACUUAAAGUUGGCAAUUGGAGAUAUUCCCUUGUGCUAAAAUUGCAAGUGCUAACAUUUAGUGCUUUAAAGCACGUUGACACUGUACUAUGUGCUAAUGUAGCUUCUCCCCUUGUUGUGUUCUUGUUAUAAAUCAGCAUCGUCGGCUAAGAUGGGCUUGAUUGAAACAACAAGAGGACUCUUUCCUGGUGCAGGUAGUGUAGCUUCAUCCACUUUUUUAGCUGCUUUUACAUUAAUUAUGUGUCCUAUUGUGAGGUAAUAAUGCUAUAAUUAAGCUAAAACAUCCCAGCAGUCCCAAAACCCCUCCCUAGUUCUGCCAGUUAUUUAAGCAAGAUCUGAUCUUUGUUUUUCCUUUUUUAAAAAAAGAAAUUGGAUAUGUGAAUACUCCCUUCUCCAGUUUUAAAACAGAAAUGCUUCUAUACUUACCAUUUUGACCUUAGGUGACAGAGCAAUAUAAUUUUAAAGACUGGCAGCCUGACAUCUCAGUCACUUCGCCGGUUAACAGAUCAUCCCAGCAAAGGAAUGCUGCAUCUCCUCCUAGUAAUUUUUCAUCUGUAGCUACAAAUAUUUCCUGAAAUGUAAACUAAAUCCGAGCUAUUUUGGAGGACUACAACAUUUAGACACUAUAUAGAGAGGGAAUUUGAAGAUCUUACGAUAUUACAUUGUGGAAAUUCAGUCUCUGAGGCAUAACUUAAUAGCUUUUCCACAAUCUCAUUUUUCACUUACUUAAAACAAACAAACAUGCCCUCCAGCUGUGGUUGAAUUCCCAACUACCACCAGUCCCAUGACAGGGAUAAUGGGAGUCCAACCACAUCUGGACAGCCGCAGGUUCCCCAUCUCUGAACUAUAGCAGUACAGUCGUACCUUGGUUCUUGAACGGAAUCCACUCCGGAAGUCCGUUUGACUUCCGAAAACGUUUGAAAACCGGAACACUGACUUCCGGGUUUGUGGCGUUUGGGAGCCAAAACAUUCGAGAACUAAGCUGUUUGAAAACCACGACUGUUCGAAAAAACGACUGUAUAGUUUAAGCAUGGAAACCAUAAAGAUGUGCAUCCUUUUAAAAGUAUGUUGUGGAUUUGGUGUUUUUUCCUGUCUAGGUGGAACCCAGCGCCUACCACGCUGUAUUGGACUAAGCCGUGCUAAAGAACUAAUUUUUACUGGCAGACAGAUUGAUGGACAAGAGGCGUUCUCAAUAGGUUUAGUUAAUCAUGUAGUGCCACAGAAUGAAGAAGGGGAUGCAGCUUACCAAAGAGCGCUGGCUUUGGCUGAAGAGAUUGUUCCUCGGGUCAGUAUAUCUUUGCAUUUGCCAAGUAAUGUCAAGGUUGCUUUAUGUAAUACAUUGAAUCUGUUGCAAAGUAAACCAGGUUAGAAUUCUUUAGUUUCUGCCUUUCUAAAUAAUUUGAUGUCAUCUGUAAAAUUAAGCUAGUUUGCUGUUCGUUUAAAAACUGGUACAGACAGAUAUUUAGAUAACAUUGUGCAUACUUUCUGUAUAGUGUUAACUAUCCCCAUCUCUAAUGAUACCAUUUUGGAUCUACAAGAGACUCAUCGUAUGCUGGUAUACUUUGGAGCUCUUAGUCCUCAAUAAGGCACUCAGUCAGGAACUAGACUGGGGGAUGGAGCAUGACUGUGUGUUUCCAAUUACUCACAGAAGUUUGUCUCUGCAUUGGAAUGUAGGUGAAAUGAUUUGUUUUUGUUGAUCAAUUUGAGAUGUUUCAUCAGAAGCAAUUCAUAAAUGGAAAUUAUAUAUAUUCUCUUUAAAGGCUCCCAUAGCUGUGAAAAUGGGAAAAGUGGCUAUAAACAAAGGGAGUGAGGUAAAGUAGGCUUUUUAUAACCGUCUUUGUUACAGUUCAUUAUUAAACCAGCAGUACCCCGCCAAAAGUUGCUUCUAGAGUGGCAUAACUCAUUUGUAGCAUAACUCAUUAGAAGCUGUUUGUCCUUGGUUCCUUCCUUCUCCCUCCUAUGCUUUUCCUCAGGCCUGUCAUUUCUUCACUUCCACCCAAUUAAAUAUUGCCUGUAAAAACAGGUGGACAGCAAUAAAAGCAACAGUGAGGCAGAUAUUUGUUUUGUUUAAGCAAAGACAGGAUUAUAUUGGGCACAUAUAAGGUAGGGUCCAGAGAGGUAACCUUAUUAGUCUGUUUUUUAGUACCUUAAAAAACUAAAGGACCUGUUGUGACAGCAGCUUCAACAGCUUCUAUCUGAUGAAGGGGUUCCUAGUCCACAAAAAGCUUUUACUACAUGUUAAUCUUUAAGGCCCACGGCCCUUGCUGUUUAAAGUGCAGUUACUCAUUUUAACAUAAUGGUGAAGACUGAUACCUUUCAGUCACUUCAUCAAGUCUGUCAUGAUAGUGCUCUAUUCUUAAACUUGCAUCUUGCAAAAUUGCUAUUAUUCUAGGUGCGCUCUUUCUCACAUGCAAUUAAGAUUUCUCUCUUUCCAGGUGGAUAUUGCCUCCGGUAUGGCUAUUGAAAGAAUGUGUUAUGCCCAGGUAAGCAAGCCUUUAAUUAAACCCUGCUUUCCCCCACUUAAGUGUUCACUUUAUGCAUAUUAAAGUGCUCAGCUGUGAAACACUUGAAGAUCAGUGAGAAGAGUCAAAUGCUUCUAUGAUUUGGCUCCAAAAGGUGGAACUGCACUCAGAAACUUCCUUGGAAUAUUUGACUUUCCUCAGUUCUUACCUGAGAGCUAUGUUUCUAGCAUCCCUCUACAAACAGCUGUACACUCAGAGCAUCUAAUAAGGCUGCUCAGGAUUCAUCAGUUGAGAGCUGUAAUGUGUAAUACAUGUACACACCACUAUGAUGAUGAUAUUGAUCGGAAAAAUAGAUGUGAUGGGAUCAGCAGACUGAGCACUCUACAUCUGUUACUCACUUACUUCAUAAAGGAAAGAGUUAAGGGAUAUGUUUGUAUACUCCCCCCCCCCCAAGGAUGGUGGCAAUUAGGAACUAUAGUAUUAAUUGGUGUUUCUGUCUUUUAUAUACAGAAUAUCCCUACCAGAGACCGGGAGGAAGGGAUGGCAGCUUUCAUAGAGAAACGGCCACCUAAGUUCAUUGGGAAGUGACUUUUGUCCAACAUCGUUCAGGUGACUGAAGACAAUUGCAAGAAGUUACGAGAAGGCUGUGUCUUAUUGCAACUUUUUUUCUACAUAAAUUUUAUAUUCAAACAUACUGUUUCACUUGUUUACUCCUUUUCAGUCAGAAGUGUAUGUGUGUAAUUAAUGCUUGUAGUAGGAAUGUAGAUACAUGCAGUGGCAUAGCGUGGGG